GCAUCUCGAACCAGUUGGAGGAUUCCAAGGCAAAUGUAUUAAAACAUAUACACACACACAUGGAGAUACCUACAAGAGGCUUGGUGGUGGUGUUCUUGUUAGUUGCAGCUUCUGCGUUCUUGAUCCCGAGCUCUGUUCAAGGGCUUCGAGACUUAAAGGAGGGAAACAAUGGACCGUCAAUGUCCAAUGUUAACGGUACUUCUGCGAGCGUUGACGUAGAAAAGGGGAAUGGAGAGAGAGCGAACGAUUCGUCGGCGUUUGAAAAUGUCUUAGUCGACGAGGAUAAUCGAGGAGGAGCAAGUGGAAAUGGAGGAGGAGGUCGAGGAGCAAAUAGUAAAAAGAAACUCCGGAAAAAGAAGACCAGAAGCGAUAGUGCCGGUGGAGGGGGAGGAAAUGGUAAAAACAAACCUCGUAAAAAGAAGAGUCGAAGCUAUGGUGGCGGCGGUGGAGGCGGCGGUGGAGGCGGAGGAGGCGGUGGCGGUGGCGGCGGCGGAGGAGGUGGCGGUGGUGGAGGAGGAGGUGGUGGGGGAGGAGGCGGCAGAGGAGGAUGGGGAUUUGGAUUUGGAUGGGGAGGCGACGGAAGUGGUGGUCCCGGCAACGCCGGUCGGUGUUGGUUUCCCGGUUGUCCCAAUGGCUACAAAAGGUCGUACGGUCGAAACUAACGUAAUUCGCUCACCCAUUUUACCACUUUUGCCGGGAAAAAAGAAGAAGCAAGAUGAUGCAUCUUACAAAUGGAAUCGAGAUUAAAUAAUUUUAUUUCCAUUUAUUUUGAUACUUAAAAUAAAUGUUUUCUUGUCCCAAGAAUCGAGGGAUGUUCGUAUUAGUAUUUUAAUGCGCUGAUUUUUUUUUAAAAAGUUUUCCCCUUAAUUCUUUAGGGGAGAAGAUAGUCGCUAAUGGGGCUUAAGUAUAGGGACCCUCCAAUUAAUUCCCAA